CCACUUUUGUCGAUGACAUCACUUUGUGUACAAUCCAAUUUUUAGUAAAAAGCCAUGUAAAUAUCCAGGAAACAGAGCGAAUGAAUAAAUCCGUCAAUAUUAUUCCAAAUACUUCUCAUAUACAUGUAUAUCUACCGUUAUGUAUGCAUUGUGUACAUAUAACUCCACCAACUGGAUAAUAAAAGACAAUUUAUCCACUCAAUUCCAUGGUAAAUGUGGCUUCAAAUGUCUUCUGCUACAGUAACCCGGAAGUGUGAAUCAAUCUGCACUGAAAGCUGCGCCUGGAUUGGUCCAUUCGUAAUAGCGAUGACCUGCUAUGACCCAGCUGCUGUUGUUUUUCGUAUUUGCAACGAUCACCAAUUUUAUCCUGGGCAAAUACACUGGUUUUUGACGGAUUUUGGAAACCAAUCUUCAGUAUGUCACUUUCUGGGACCUUAUCCAACGUGGAAAAUUUCUCUCCCCAUGUAAUCCGACAGAUAGUGAAGGAGAUUGCAGAUCUGAAGUUGUCUCCGCCUGAAGGCAUCAAGGUGUUUCCUAGUGAUGAAGACAUCACUGACAUUCAUGCUGUUAUUGAAGGACCAUCUGGAACACCCUAUGCAGCUGGGCAGUUUCGAAUCAAGCUGGUGUUAGGAAAAGACUUCCCCAAAGCUCCUCCUAAAGGCUUCUUCCUCACCAAGGUGUUCCAUCCCAACGUAGCCAGCAACGGAGAGAUCUGUGUCAACACACUCAAGAGAGACUGGAAGGCUGAUAUGGGUAUCAAACAUCUACUAUUGACGAUCAAAUGCCUACUAAUCUACCCCAACCCCGAGUCAGCGUUAAACGAAGAGGCGGGCAAGCUGCUUCUAGAACAGUAUGACACGUACUUCUCACGAGCCAAGAUGAUGACCGAGAUCCACGCCCAGCCGCACCGCACCUCCAAAGAAUCGCGGGAGAAUGAGGAUUCAAAUCCCUCCACGUCGGGCAUUAAUUCACAGCACGGACCAGCCGCAAAGAAGCAUGCGGGUGACAAGAAGGUGGCUUUAGCGGAGAAGAAGAAAAAAGACAAAAAGAGGACAUUGAAGAGAUUAUGAUGUAUGCCAAAUUGAAAUCGCCAAUUUCCCAGAAAAUUUUUAACUUAUCUUUUUUUUUUCUUGUACAGUGUGUAUACAUACAGAAGACCCUAUCUUACUAAUACUAUGUGAAUUUUCAAUCUAUGAAAUUGUUCAAUUUUUAAACACUUUUAAGCACAAACAGGAAAGCCUGAAAUCAUUCCUCAGAGGGGAAAUUGAUCUUCUAAUAAUCCAUUUUGGUUGUAAUUCAGUUCUCUCCAAAGACAGGUGCUAUAAGCUCAACAUACUUUUCUUGAUUUUGAUACCAUCUCGAGAGAUAAUUGCUAAUCAUUCAACAUGGUUGGAUAUAAUUAUGAUGUUAAAUACCUCUGUAGGCUCCAUAACAGAAAGCUGAUAAUUGAUAUAACAUUUUUUGUGAUUGAUUGCGUAUUUGCAUUGACCCCAAUGUAAAAUUAAUAAAAAAAUAAUAAUAAUAAACUCCUCAAACAAAGUUUGGAAAUCUGAGUUUGGCCAUUAAUUUCUCCCAAUUUCCAAUUUUGCACAAUGCAUAUUUGAUAUCAUUCAAAAGAUCAUUUAAUUCUCUUUGAAAUGAUACCCAUGGAAUCAAAUACACCUCUGCACAAGCAAACACAUAACAAACAAACAAACAUGCAUGGGCCAUGGGUAUUUCAAACCAUGACUCAAACCAUGUUAUCUCACAUAUCUCCAUGUUAAUGUUGAUGUUAGGGUGCACGAAAACAAAAGAAACCGCUGAGAAGCUCACUCAUCACCACAGAAAAAAGAGCAGUGACUUUCAAUAUUGUCAUUUUGCAACUUUUGAAUUUUGACCUUGCCCCACAUUUCAAGGCACUGCACCUCCAUGUGAACCAUAAUCAUAUCAUGUAGGGUAUCAUUUUAUAGUUAAUUAAAUGAUCUUUUCAUUGGUAUCAAUCACACAUUAAUAUUCACUAAAACCGAGGAGGGAUUAUCGAUCAAAGUCAGAUUUCCAAACUUUUUUUUUAGUUUAGUAAAAUCAGUCACUAAGUUUUGUGUCACAUUACCCCCUGGGCCCAUAUCCAUGGAAGUCGUCAUUAUUGGUCACAAGUUACAAGGUACCGUUAUAAGCUACGGAAAUAUUGCAAUUUGAUCAACGGAGAGCAACUUUGUCAGAAAAUUAUGGCAUUUUGUUUUAGGUGAAGUUUUAUAAAAAGUUCCCUCUAUUGGUUGUAAAACUCUGGGAUACAUGAUAUUAUUGAAAAAGUUAAUCUUAUUUUUUUUAAAUUAUUAUUAACAAGAAGAAAUUCAUGCUGAUUGAAGUUAUAUAGGUUGUCAGACCUGUUGAUCGCCAAAAGGGCAUUGCUGAUCGCACAAUUGAAAUUAAGACCAAGUGAGGAGGGUGAUGAAAAUGUUUGAGUGUCAUUGUAUUGUUUCGUUGAUUGUAUUUAUUUAUAAUCCCACUUUAUAGUCAUUUGUACAAGGGAUUUCAUUAAACACAGAACAACUCGGAGGAUGCUGAAUGCACCAAGGGGAUGUCGCAAGUUAAAUUUUCGGUUCCAAAAUCAAUUAUAAAUCCUGCAAUUAUUGCAAAUUUUAAAUUGAUUGCUAGCCUGUUUGUUGCAACCGAUGUUUCCUCUUAGAAGGAAACUACCCAAAUUCCGGGUAAUCCGGAUCAUUUUCAGGUAAUGAAAAAUUCCAGGUAUUCUGGGUAAUCUGAAAAUUACAAUUAAACGUUGCAACUUUUAAUAUUCAUGUUAUAUUUAAAGAAUUGUUGACCUCAAUACGUAGCUCAAAAUUUUCCGCUCAAGCUCCGCGCUCGCACUUCGUAAUUUUGUUCCUAUUUUUAAAGAGGGCGUGAACAAAAAAAAUGUUAAAUUCCCUGAUUUUGGUCACUUGGACCAAAUUUAGGCUCGCUGUAUUAUUGCCUGAUUUUUGUUAAAAAUCAAACUUUAAAAUUCCAGGAAAUGUCUGCGAAUUUCGGGAAAUUUGGGAUUCAGUGGAAACACUGGUUGCAACAGAAAGUAUGAAUUAAUUUUCUUUUGUUGAAUUGUUGUACUCUGUCAAUUGCAAACUUGCAAAGUUCUGGUAUUUCCAACCAAACUUUCUGGCAUCAUUCCCCUUUGCAACACUACAUAUAGGUCGAGAAAAUUCUUCCAUUUGCACGGUACAUGUACAGAUAACUCUGCCUAUAAAAUCAAACAAAUUUCUCUGGUCCCAAGAGAAUCAACUUGAACAGACUCCUGCAUGACAGUUUUUUAUUUUUUUAUUUAACUUGCAUUUAAUGAAUGAUGAAAUGAAUACUUCUGAUUUAAUGAUUUACAAAUAUGACCCCCUGGGGGCCGUUUCAUGAAGCUGUUUGUAAGUUACGAGCAACUUUAAGAACGACUGGUAAUCCUUGCUUACGCGCUAAACCUUCACCAAUGAACAUUUUGGUGUAUACCAUCUACCACAAGGGUCACCAGUCGCUCUUAACUUACGAACAGCUUUAUGAAACGCUCACCUGGCCGUGGAAAUCAUUCAUGUAAAUGUGCACCAUCUCCAGAUUCACACUACCAGGGCCCUGUCUCCUGGCUAUGGAAUCAUGUUGUGACAAAUUUAGAUUAAACAUUGUUUUCAAAUAAUACUGGUGCAAGGUCAGGGAUUGAAGUCACAACAAGUACAUCUCAAGAAGGUAACUUAAAACUCAUAUAUGAUCUUAAGUUAUCUCCAAACCCCAUGAUAAUAACAUAUCUUAUUCUAAUCAAAUAUAUAGUUGUAUAUUUUGAUCUUACCUUUGUGAUGUUCUUAUUGGUAGGUGCACAUUUGUAUAAAUGUCUGGAAACUACAUUGUUAUUAACAUUGUGAUUUACUUUACAUGUAAAUUACAUUGUAAUUCAUUUAUUUUUCAUCAUAAACACAACUUUUUGUUGAGCUCAAGCCAGUUUACAAAACCAAACAUACUUUUUAGAGAACAGCUUCUUAGGAAACAUUUGAUGUAAGUGUAGAUAAUCAUCACGGAAGCCUUCAAGAAUUUCAAUGGACAUACAUAUUGGGAAUUCUGAGCACCAUUUUAUGAAGCUAGUAAGUUGUUCAACAAGUAAAGGGCAAUAUGGCCAAUAUUAUCCGAUUUUUUUUUUUUUUUACAUUUUCUGAUAGAUUAUUGAGAACUCAUUCUGGUUAUGUCUUCGAAAUUACCAUAAUUACUGUAUUUUUGCAGAAAUUUGAUAAUAAUAAAAGUUUAAAUUGCCCCUAAAUGCCAAUUUUGGCCAUUGGAAGGGCAAUAUCGAGCACGCCCUUAUUCCACUCCUAAAAAUAUGCACAUGUUGGCUGCAGAAAGGGCAAUUUAAACUGGUAUCGUUUCUUUUGCAAUCAAUAUUGUCAUAUUGCCCUUAUACUUGCCCAACGAAGAGUUAGCACUGACAAGCUGUCAUUGUCUGACAGUAACCAUGGUUACUUGGUAACAGAUAGAGACCAGUGCUUUUCAGCCAACCAAAACAUGAAAUUUCACUGAUUAUGUCAGCUAGUGUGGACACUUCAUGAAAUGGUGACCUCUCCAGUGGUCUGGGAUAUUUUUAGUCAUUCAAAAUAUUUUUUUUUAUUAUUUUGGCAGGAACUACAAGGAAGCGACUGACCACAACCCUCCAAAGCAAACUUUUCAAGCUAAAUAUGAGAAGAAAAAAAAUCCCUGACUUUACCUCCCAUUUCUUUUGAAAAUCAUUUGCAUGUCUGGAGAAAAAUUGACAUCUUUAUGUGUCUACAUGUAUGUGCAUUUUUAAGAUGAAAUCUCACCCUCCAGUAUUCUACAUGUGUAUAUCACUAAUUGUAAAGUUGUACAUAAACGAGAGAGCCCGGGGGGGCCAGUCAAAUAUAUUGCUGUACACACGCGUGACCAAGGAAUUUCCAAACACCCCCUAAACGAGUUUUUCUCUGUGUGCAAAAUAACCCCCUAAACAAGUUUUUCGCGGGCUUUAUUUACACAUUUCGGCCCCUAAACAAGUUGUCCCCAAAAUAUGACCUCGGGGAAAAAGCUUGGGGGGAAAACAUACCCUAAACACGUUUGGCUAGUCUUAAAAAAAAAAGCUUUGGGGAAAAAACAUACCCUAAAUACGUUUGACCCCGCGAUUGACCAUUGACCAGUCUUUCAAAACCACCCUUUUUCUUGAAAAUCAGCGUUUUUGAUACCCUUAACGAGUCCACGCGCGGACCGCGUCCAAAACUGAAAAAACACCCCUUUAAACGCGUUUUUUUGGUCACAUGUGUGUACAGCAAUAUAUUUGACUGGCCCCCCCGGGCGAGAGAGAGACUACACUCCUAACCAUUGCAUACUGAUUAUGUCGUGUUUCAUGUAUUGUGCGUGUUAAUUGAUGCAAUAUUGUUACUGGUAUUUGUGAUGCUAUGAAAUAAAGCAUUUUUUAUGACAUGGUA